CUACUGUCGAAUCUGCUGCAAGUAAUGCAGCUGCUAAACAUAACUUGUACCCAAAAUUCACAAUAUUAAUUUAUUUCGAUACGUCUUGUAUACAAUAACAUUAAGUAGGAAGGAAGCUGUUCUGAGGUUCCCUGAGGUCCAGCAGGUCCGGUGGAUACUAUGCUCCCAAGGCUUGUUUCGUCGCUGCGGCUGCGGCCCAGUGCUGCUCCCCUGGCCGCGGCGACACGAUGCGCCUCCUCGGGGAAUGUGGACAUCAGAGUCCCGCUGAACUUCUGGGCUGGCAAGAGAAUGAGGAGCCAAGAGAAACGCAACAAGGAGCCCGUGUAUGAACCUGCAACAGGGCGCGUCUUGUGCCAUUUGGAGCCAUGUGGUGCCUCGGAGGUCGACCAGGCUGUGAAAGAUGCCAAGUCAGCGUUUGGCCAUUGGAGCAAGAUGUCUGGGAUGGAGCGGGCGAGGAUCAUGAUAGAGGCUGCGCUCAUUAUUGAGAGCAGGAGAGAGGAAAUAGCCGAGAUGGAGGUGGUCAACAAUGGAAAGUCCAUCACAGAGGCCCGUCUGGAUGUGGACUCUGCCAGACUGUGUAUAGAGUACUACGCAGGCCUGGCCAGCACUUUGGCAGGCCAACAUGUCCAGUUGCCUGGAGGGUCAUUUGCCUACACACGGAGGGAGCCUUUGGGAGUCUGCGUGGGCAUUGGUGCAUGGAACUACCCAUUCCAGAUAGCUGCCUGGAAGUCAGCUCCAGCCCUGGCCUGUGGUAAUUCCAUGGUGUUCAAGCCGUCGCCGGUGACACCUGUGACAGCAGUCAUGCUGGCAGAGAUCUAUGCCAAGGCUGGGGCUCCUGAGGGGCUGUUCAACGUGGUGCAGGGGGGUCAGGAGACCGGCAGCUUACUGUGCCACCACCCUGACGUGGCUAAGGUGUCCUUCACUGGGAGUGUACCCACAGGCAAGAAGAUUAUGGAAAUGGCAUCCAAGGGGGUGAAGCCGGUGACUUUGGAGCUCGGUGGGAAAUCUCCUCUGCUCAUCUUUGAGGACAGUGAUCUGGAGAAUGCUGUGAAAGGAGCUCUCAUGGCAAACUUCCUGUCUCAAGGCCAGGUCUGUAGCAAUGGUACAAGGGUCUUUGUUCAGAAGCACAUUCUGCCUGAGUUCGUGGAGGAGGUGGUGAAGAGGACCCAAGCAAUUGAGAUAGGAGACCCCCUGGCAGAGAGCACCCGCAUGGGAGCACUGGUCAGCCAGCCGCAUCUUCACAGAGUCCUAGAGUUUGUGGAACAGGCAAAGAAAGAGGGAGCCACAGUGUUGUGUGGAGGUGAACCUUUUGUCCCGUCGGACCCCAAACUCAAGGGCGGAUACUACAUGAUGCCAUGUGUCCUGGGAGACUGCACAGACAAGAUGACCUGUGUGAAAGAGGAAAUCUUUGGCCCUGUCAUGUCUGUGCUGUCCUUUGACACAGAGGAGGAGGUGCUGCGGAGAGCCAAUGACACCACCAUGGGUCUGGCUGCAGGGGUGUUCACUAGGGAUGUGAGGCGAGCUCAUCGUGUGGUUGAACACCUCAAGGCUGGUUCCUGUUUUAUCAACAACUACAACAUCACGCCAGUGGAGGUUCCCUUUGGAGGCUUCAAAAUGUCAGGUAUUGGGCGGGAGAACGGCCAGGUGACCAUCGAGUACUACUCCCAGCUUAAGACCGUGUUCGUGGAGAUGGGUGAUGUGGACAGCCUCUUCUAGACACAGGUUGGAGCAGUGCCGCCGACCCCAGAGAAUCGAACAGAUGGUCUGGUCACGGAUGGGAAGUCCACCAGCCAAAACCGGUCUGUCACACGUCAGGUGCUCAGAGUAAGAGCGCGGAUGAAGGAGCUCUGAUCAGGGAGCUCCAGUAAUAUUUUGUGAAUUAGGGAAAUGUAUUUCUGCCUAAUUGAAUAAUUCUGGAAAUGGAGGGGAACUGGAGGAAUGUUAUAUUUGAAUUAGUGGAAUGCAGGCAGGGAUGGAGUUGCUAUUUCCGCCCAGCACUGAGAGCUCAUCUUUUGUUUUUUGGCUCUAUAAUAUUACAGAAGAUUGUCAUUUGUGCCAAAUGUGUCCAGUCAGGGAUUAUUCUUAAUAUUUACUGAGCCUUAUUUGAUUCUGCUUACUUCAUUAUGAAAUGUUAGUUGCACAUUGUGGUACUUAAGUUGCACUAUCCCUAAUUUGCUUUGCUUAGUUUAUUGUCCUUCACUCAUAUAGAGAACAAUUCAAAUAUAUUUUUACACUAUUUGUAUACAAAAACAAAAUAUGUUUACAAAUCAAGCUUUAUUUUUUUGAAGAGUGCAAGAAAACAUACAUUUUAUAAAUAUACACUAGUAAACUCAAUUUAUCUGGAUUGUACAAUUUAAAAAUUAUAUAAGUUAGAACUGUGUAAAUAAUAUCUUGUUAGGUGGAAUUUGGUAGAUGCAUUUACUGAACACUCAACACAGUAACAUUCAAUAAUCUUUUGUAACCCAUUAAUAAUA